CAACAUUGAAACAACAACUGCAGCGUCCGAGACACUUCUUCCCUUUUUAAACAAGGAAAAAGAAUCGAAAUCAAAAUGACAGAAGAGGAGAAUCUGGACAUCUUGCUGUCUUUAUUUGCGGAGAGUGAGGGCCAAGAUCCAGAAACUGCUGCAGUUGCUGGAGAGGGAAGUGACAAUCUGGAUGACCUCUUUGAUGGGGAGGAUGAUGAUGGUGAUCAAUAUGUUGAGCCAGAGGAGGAACAGGAGGAUGAGGAAAAGGUAGCACCUGGGAAAUCCAGCUCAACUGGUGGCGAUGGUGACUUGAAUAAAUCGAAAGAAGAUCUGGAGGCUGAAUUGAAGUCGAUGCAACAGAAAAUGCAAAAAUUACAACAACAGCUAGAGGUUUCACAGAGAAAUACACAACCAGAAAACAAACCUUCCUUAAAGAAGCAGUCAAGCACCAAAUCCUUAACACCAUCCCAGGGGCUUUCUAAAACCGCCCCACAAACACAACAUGCCAGUAGGGCUUCUCUGCCAUCAUCAGACACCACAGCAAAACUAAAAAACAAGCAGAGAAUGGCUCACGAAUCUAAAGCAGCCACCUCAGAAACGCUGAGUCCUAUUGGCCAGAGAAUGAGUAACUGCCAACUGCCAAUGAGAGCGCACACAGAAGUAAACAGCACCUUGAAGUCACCUCCCCCUGUUAAGAGUCCUCCCACUGUGCGUCAAGCCACGCCCCGUUCAUCUGUCAGUCAAGAGGUAGCUGUGGAGAAGUUCUCAGGUCUCAGACUCAGGAAACCACGUCUGUCUUCCAUAGAUUUAGAGCAAAAAAUGGCCAACCGCAGGAUGAUUAAGCUUUCUCAGUUACCCGAUCGUCUGGCUAGGGACAAUUUGGAGGAUAGUGACUGGGUCACAUUCGCAGUUGUCGUAAAUAAGAUCACCCCACAAAGCAAAAACAACGGGAAAACCUUCAGCAUCUGGAAACUGAAUGAUCUGCAUAACCUGGAGGUCUAUGUGUCUCUCUUCCUGUUUGGUAAUGUGCACACAGAUUUGUGGAAGACUGACACUGGAACAGUGAUUGGCAUCCUCAAUCCAAACCCAAUGAAGAACAAAGAUGGUUCCAGUGAGGUCUGCUUGACAGUGGACCACCCACAGAAGGUACUUAUGUUAGGGGAAGCCAUGGAUUUCGGCACCUGCAAGGCUAAAAAAAAGAACGGAGACUCCUGCACUCAGCUAGUCAAUUUGUAUGAAUGCCAGUACUGCCAAUACCACGUCAAAGCCCAGUACAAGAAAAUGAGCUCAAAGAGGGCAGAGCUACAGUCCAGUUUCACAGGCUCCGCCCCUGGCAAAGCAAAGGGGCGGGGAAGUUUGAAGGAACGCCUCUGCCAAUCUGAUUUCCACUAUGGGGGCAUGUCUUCACUCGCCUGUGCACCCUCAAUGUCUGCCCCACAGCCAAAGAAACAACCCUCUAUUAAGUCUGUUUUGGCAUCUAUCCCAACUAAGAAACUAGCUCUGAAUUCAGGUGCAGUAUCAGGCUGUUCAGAUGAUUUCAAAGAUCUCAUGUCUAUGCCGACGCCAGGAGCACUUCAUAUUAAGAGACAUUUAGGACAAUCCAAGAAUACAGAUGUGUCUGGAUCUCCAGUUCAGUCUAUCUCUGCAUCUGACCUCCUCAAACAGCAAAAAGAUCAGCACCAGCAGAGACUAAUGGCCAGAAAGAAGAGGGCAGAUGAGAUUCAGAAGAGAGUGCUCCAGAAUAGCACAGGGCCUGUUGUUCCCUCACGACCAACUGUAAACAGGAGUCCCUUGAUUUCCCCGAAAGCUGCCUCAGAGGUUCCAGAAGGACCCGCUGGGCCCAUGUCCCGUCUCUCAGACCGUCCUGUUCCAACACUGGGGCGUGGCUUUUCAGAGGGGGAGGAUAUUCUCCUCGAUCUUUCUCCGCCUUCAGCAAAGAUCAAAUCAGCUGCAAAGUUGGCAGCAGUGAGGAAACUGCAAGCAAAAGGCUCAGUCAUUGUUAAAGAUGACCCGAACGCUGUGAAACGCAAGCGAGCCAGCAGCGAUGAAAUCACAGAGAGAGUGGCACAAAAUCUAUCCACACCUGAAGUAACAGAUGAAAAUUCAACUUGUGAGGAGGAGGAGCCAGCUCUGAAGAAGAGGCGGGCACAGCUAGAGUACAUUCAAUCAGAGGAGUUUCAGCGUAUCCUCGAUGCCAAAUCCUCAAACUCAUGGAUGAUGGGAGAGAUCGAGGAGAAGGCCAUGCAAGAGUAUUUUGAACCACUGGUGCAAAAGGAGAAGAUGGAGGAGAAGAUGAAGAGUAUAAGGGAGAUGAAAUGUCGUGCCAUCACCUGCAAAACUUGUAAAUACACCCACUUUAAACCAGCCGACCGUUGCGUGGAAGAGAAACACGACUACCUCUGGCACGACGCUGUCAAACGCUUCUUCAAAUGCCCAUGUGGGCAACGGAAGAUCUGCCUUGCACGGAUGCCACACGGUGCCUGCAGCCACUGUGGUCUCUUCAAGUGGGAGAGAGACGGCAUGUUAAAGGAGAAAAAGGGACCCAAAAUCGGUGGUGAGCUGCUGCUGCCGCGUGGAGAGGAACAGCCCAAAUUCCUUAACAGUAUGAAGUAGCAGAAGGUUUCCUUGUGUGCUGCCUGAUCCCUGCCUUUCUCCACCUGUUCAGUGAAGACUCAUUAUAAUGUCGCCACAAGCAGAAUGCGAGACAGGGACUUUGAUAUGCCAGAGAGUAAAACAAGACCUUGAUAUGAUUUUUUUCUUUUACUUGCUUAUUAUGUAUCUGGUGUUUUAUGUGCAUUUUUUAACCUGAAGUUUCAAUUAUUUUAAAAUGUAAAUAUUAUUAAGUACUUUUCCUGUUUUCAUUGUGAACUUUUAUAUGUAAUGUGCCAAAAGGAACGCCUGAAUUAAACAAUCAAGUAUAAAUGUGCUGUUUUAUCAAAUUCAAACUCGAAAUCAGUCAUUGAUUUAACCCUUGUGCAUCAAUUAAAAAAAGUUACACAUAGGUUCAUUAUGGACAAAAAUGGCCAUGUCCAAAAACUGUCAUAAAAAUAUUAUAGAUUUAUAUUUUUUUCCACUUUCACUGACAUAAUUUUUUUAACCAGCAUCAGCUCUAAUCAUAAUGACCAAACAUUCAUUCAUUUUUAGAAUUUUAACCCUUUAAACGCUGGUUUGUUUACAUAAUGCCACUGUUGUUUUUUAGGAAAAAAUUAAAAAUAGUAAUUAUUUUCAAUUUAAUAGAUGCUAAGCAGAAUUUUUUUUCUUUGAUUAUUAGAGCCUCGGAUAUGUCAAUGAUUAACAACAACAUUCAUUUUGAUGCUUUCCUAUUUUUUAUGCAGUAUCAGAUUUAAAAAAAAGCUACCACUUAGGUCCAUAAUGGACAAAAAUGGCCAUGUCAAAAAAGUGUCAUAAAAAUAUUAUAGAAUAAUAUUUUUUUCUACUUUCACUGACUUAUAUUUUAACCAGAAUCAGUUCUAAUCAUAGUUACCAAACAUUCAUUUAUUUUCAGAAUUUUAACACUUUAAACGCCGGUUUGUUUACAUAAUGCCACUGUUGUUUUUUAUAAAAAAUAUAAUUAUAAUUAUUUUCAAUUUAAUAAAUGCUAAACAGAAUUUUUUUAAUUUUUAUUAUUAGAGCCUCAGACACAUACAAACCACACUCUGAAAUCCAUACCAACCCACUCACACAAUUAUAUAUUCAUAAUGUAUCUAAUUGGCUCUAUAAUAUGCAUAAGCCAAAAACAGCAGAAAACAACAACAAAAGCGAUGAUAUGCCAAACCUGAAAAAAUGGCACGAUCUGAUAAAAAAUAUUUAAAAUGUAAAUUUUGAAGCCUUGCCAACAUAAUGAAAGCAUGUUAAACAAGAUUGCAUAAUUUUAUAGUUAAAUGGCACUGGGAUUAAAAAUCACAGUUUUAAUGGGUUUCAAUGUGCCAUUUUUGUCCAAAACGACGCUAAGAGGGAGUAUUUUGUGUAACUAGUGCAAAAAAUAUUUUUUUAAAGAAAAUAGGGUGAAAUAUUAAAAUUCCAAUAAAAAUUCACACCAGUGGAAAAUUUUAUGCAGUUAGCAUUAACACAGACAAAGUUAUCAAAAAAAACAAAACUGAAAAAGCCAAAAAUGUCCACAAGGAUGCACAAGGGUUAAUCAGUUGUUGACUGCAGAGGAUGGCACACAUGCUCAAUCUUGUUUGGCUCCUGGUAUGAAGUUACUGUAUAUUUGAAAGAUUUAAUACCCCCUUGUGCUUUUCUUUAAGGAGUAGGUGUUGCAAUAAGCCAUUCUACUGUCAGACAGGAUGACAGCACCUAGGAUUUUGAAGGAUGAUAAAUCUUUCCACUUGUCUAUUUUUGCCUCAUUUUCCCAUCUGUCUAAGCUCUCAACAAAGCAAUGUUCAUUCCAUGACCAGCAAAUACUGUCUCCGAAUUAUUAUCCAGCCUGUAGGUGCAUGAACUCAUGCAUCUGUUUUAAUAUAU